CGCGCCGACGCCGGGGGUGUGGUCUCGGCCGCGCGCCCUGCGGGCUGAGGCGACCGCGGCCGUUGGCGCGGCUUGGGCGGUUGUCUUGGAGAAGCAAGAUGGCGGCGACGGCGGCCGCGGUGGUGGCGGAGGAGGACACGGAGCUGCGGGACCUGCUGGUGCAGACGCUGGAGAACAGCGGGGUCCUGAACCGCAUCAAGGCUGAACUCCGAGCAGCUGUGUUUUUAGCACUAGAGGAGCAAGAAAAAGUAGAGAACAAAACUCCUUUAGUCAAUGAGAGCCUGAAAAAGUUUUUAAAUACAAAGGAUGGCCGGCUGGUGGCCAGUCUCGUUGCCGAAUUUCUUCAGUUUUUUAAUCUUGACUUUACCUUGGCAGUUUUUCAACCUGAAACUAGCACAUUUCAAGGUCUUGAAGGUCGAGAGAAUUUAGCCCGAGAUUUAGGAAUUAUUGAAGCCGAAGGUACUGUGGGUGGACCCUUAUUAUUAGAAGUGAUCAGACGCUGUCAACAGAAAGAAAAAGGGCUGACCAGUGGGGAAGGCGCACUGGACCUGUCUGAUGUACAUUCUCCACCACAGUCACCGGAAGGAAAAACAGGUGCACACACUCCUCCCAGUAAGAUACCAAGGUAUAAAGGACAAGGUAACAAGAAGACAAGCGGGCAGCAGCCUGGUGCCAAGAAGGCCAGCAAUGAUGCUAGUCACAGCGACACCAGUGUCUCAUCAUCAGAACCGAAGAGCAGAAGUGGUCUUCACUUACUGGCCCAUGAAACUAAGAUCGGGUCCUUGUUGAGCAACAACAGUCUCGAUGUCAAUGCCAAAGCGGGUCCCGGUCCAGAAGAUGAUGACCUGGAAGGGGAUUCUUUCUUUGAUGACCCCGUUCCUAAACCAGAAGCAGCGUACGGUUGGAGAAGUGAACCCAGUAAGCAAGCAGGAAGCCUUGCGUCGCUCUCUGAUGCACCCCCCCUAAAAAGUGGACUCAGCUCCCUUGCUGGAGCCCCUUCAUUGAAAGAGUCUGAAAGUAAAAGGGGAAACACAAUUCUAAAAGAUCUUAAAUUGGUCAAUGAUAAAAUUGGAUCACUUGGAUUAGGGACUGGAGAAGAAGAUGACUAUGUUGAUGAUUUUAAUAGUACCAGCCAUCGCUCAGAGAAGAGUGAGCUGAGUAUUGGGGAAGAGAUCGAGGAGGACCUCUCUGUGGACGUGGAUGAUGCCAACACCAGUGAUAAGCUGGACGACCUGACGCAGGACCUGACCGUGUCCCAGCUCAGUGACGUCGCCGAUUACCUGGAAGACGUCGCCUAGGCCCGCGAGAGGCAAGCGCGCUGGUCAGCAAAGGACAGGACUCUGAUCAGUUCCUUUUUUCCUCCAGACAAUCACUCUUUGCUGGAAUGUCUGCUCCCUGGUGGUGCCUUGUGUUGCAAAAGAUUACAGAUAUUUUUAAAAAUUAACCUUUCAUUAUACUAAACACAAUAAUUCCUAUUUGAGCCCAUGUGUGGAAGAUUUAAUAUUCCUAGUUUGGUGUAGGUGCAUGUUUCCCUAUGAGAGCUGAUGAGGCGCACAUUCACCACAAGGAGGGAGCCGGUGCGGUGCCGGUAUCAGCGCAUCGCCACGCGCCAGUAAAGCUGUUGGUUCCCGGCUCCGCGUGCUGCCUGCGCCGGCGCCGGGGCUCGGGCGAGGCGGCAGCAGGAGGGGCGCCUGCAGUCAGAGGGUGCGGCGAUGGGUGGUUCCGCAGGGGGCUGGCCUGUGGCCCGGAAGAUCUGCAGCCUGGAGCCCGUCACUGUAAGUUACACUUGAUAGGUUGACUCGGCUUUGCAUUUCCUUCCGUUUGGGAGGUCUGUUAGACCAUUAAGGUUAUAUUAAAAUCCUCGUGUGUGUCCUUAGUUUUGCUUAUUUUAAAGAUUGAAAUCUGGAGGUGCUUGUGAUUUUUUAUUUGUGGAAUCAAUUCGUGGAAUUGUCCCUGAUGCAUUUGAGGUCACCACCCUGGUUCCAUGUAAGCAGUUUUGUUCACAGGUUCUCCUCAUUGCAGUUAUAAUUUAUUAUUUGUAACGAUGCUUUGAAACAUAUUAAAUACCAAAAUGCAUCUGAAA